UCACAAGCUCUGCGGUGAGGUAAACAAUUUUGAACAUGUCGUCGGUAUUUGCGUUGUGUGCGGCCUGGUGAGGUGACUUGUGGUCAUCAGUCUAGUGGUGUGUGUUUGUACGAGCCUUGUGAGAUUCAGUAAUACAAAUAUAGUAAAGAAAUGUGUUAAUGUAACGUAUUAUAUGAAGAAAUAAGAGGUGUGGUCAUGACCUGACCCGAGUGAACUACCACCAACAGUAGGGGCACCAUGUUCCGUACAGCGUGUGAUUACCUGGCCAGUAAGGCGGGUCUGGACGCUGAGGCGGACAGUCCUCCCAGUGAAGAAGACUCCUCUAAGGAGAAUUCAUUAAUAAACGGACAAAAUCAAUUUCCUUCAUCCAGCCCCAGUAAAGGUUCUCCCACAGUUGGCUCUCCCUGGGGUCACACCCUAACACCCAGGGCUGCUGGCUCCACCCACCCCCCACAACGACUGGUGCUCAAUGGCACUGCAACUACUACACCCAAACAAAAUGUUCCUUGGAAUGACCUGAGCUUUGCAGCAGAAGUGGUGAGCCCGGGCUUUGCCAACCGAGUAGUGAGAGAGGCCCAGGCACUGCUCCAGGAGCCCUGUAGAGGCUCGACGGCAAUACCCUGCUGGUAUCAGACCAUUUAUCUGGCAUUCCUGUAUCUGGAACACUAA